AUGGAUGAGACUCCAGUCAAUCCCACUGCGGCUUCUGAGCAUGCCCAGUCCUUAGCUGGCUCAGAUGCUGCCGGGGAUCCGUCCCACGCUGCCAGCGGCUCUGAGGCGCAAUCGCGCCAGGAGUCUCCCGAGAAGAAGGUCGAAACCGCUCCCGGAUCCGACAACCCAUUGGAUGCCCCAGCCUCUCCCAAACCUCAAAAUGGCGAUGCCGAGCCGGAGGAUGAGGAAAUGGGUGGCACCGAAGCAGACACCAAGCGCGAUACAGAGGGCCUGGAGGAUGCUGCGGGAGAAUCACAACCUCCUACCGAUGCUAACGAGGGCCUUGAAGAUGCUGUGGGUGAAGAUCAACCCGCGCCAACCAAGUCGUCCUUAGAAGGCUCCGCCCGCGACCAACUCGUUGCUCAAACGCACGCCAUCAUUCUUCCCAGCUACGCUAGCUGGUUUGAUAUGAACACUAUCAACCCCAUUGAGAAGAAAGCUCUUGCCGAAUAUUUCAAUGGUCGUAACCGCAGCAAGACCCCAGCUACAUACAAGGACUACCGUGACUUCAUGAUCAACACUUACCGAUUGAACCCUAUUGAGUAUUUGACCGUCACUGCUUGUCGCCGUAACCUUGCUGGCGAUGUCUGCGCGAUUAUGCGCAUUCACUCUUUCCUUGAACAGUGGGGUUUGAUCAAUUACCAGGUUGACCCUCAAACCCGACCAUCUAAUAUCGGACCUCCGUUCACCGGCCAUUUCCGCGUAAUUGCGGACACUCCCCGCGGCCUUCAGCCUUUCCAACCUGGUCCUAACUCCUCCGUCUCCUCCGGCAAAGCUCUCCCUGCCACAGAUCGCGCUGCCUCCGCCACUCCAGCGUCCAAGGGCGAUCUCAGUCUCGAUCUUCGUCGCAAUAUCUACGAUAACAAGGGCAAGGAUAUUACUCCUGAUAAGGAAAAGCAGACCAACGGCGAGGGGACAAAUGGAAUCGAACACCAAGAACCACGGAAGAAGUCCCACUGCUUCUCUUGCGGUAUUGACUGCACACGACUUCGAUUCCACUAUGCGAAGGCCGCGCCAACCUCAGCAAAUGCCAACACCCCCGACACAAAAUACGACCUCUGCCCUAACUGUUUCCUCCAAGGCCGCAUGCCUUCCAGCCACAGCGCUUCAGACUUUGUCAAGCUUGAGGACAAGGGACACUCACACAUUACUGAUAAAGACGCACCAUGGUCGGACUCUGAGCUUCUUUUGCUUUUGGAGGCUUUGGAGAGCUUUGACGAUAACUGGGAGCAGAUUGCCAACCACGUGGGUACUCGAACAAGGGAGGAGUGUGUGAUGAAAUUCUUGCAGUUGGAGAUUGAGGACAAAUACCUUGAAGACUUGCCUGAACUUCGCUCCGCUCCUGGCCGGGACCCGAUCAGCGCGACAGAGAACCCUGUUCUCUCUGUCGUCGCAUUCCUGGCCCAGAUGGCAGAGCCAGCUGUGGCUGCUGCCGCUGCUGGUCGAUCUGUUGAGGAGAUCCGCAAGGAGCUGCGUAAUCAAAUGGAGAAGGGCGAUGGCAAGAGCAAGGACGCCGUUAAGGCCGAGGAUUCGAUGGACGUGGACUCCGUUCGCGAACAGGCCGAUAAGCCUAAGGAGUCUCUUGCCACUGUUACCCUGGGUGCUUCUGCCGCCCGUGCCAGUGCACUUGCAUCACACGAGGAGCGUGAGAUGACCCGCUUAGUGGGUGCCGCAGUUAACGUGACCUUGCAAAAGUUUGAGAUCAAGCUGUCACAGUUCAACGAGUUGGAGGAGAUUAUCGAGGCCGAGCGUCGGGAACUGGAACAAGCGCGCCAACAGCUUUUCCUUGACCGCAUGGCUUUCAAGAAGCGCGUUAAGGAAGCACAGGAUGCUUUGCAGGCUGUUAGUCUGCAGGGCCCCAAUGAGCACACCAACACCAUGCUUACAAGUGCCGCCACUGCCGGAAUUGGUAACCAACAUAGCUUCCAACCCGUUGGUGGGGAUGCCCGAACUGGAGCCCAGCCUCUGAGCGCAGAGGCCGGUGCUGAUUACAAGACCCUCGACCUGUAA